AUGGUGCUGAACGGGGCGAUGGGGGUGGACAAGGUCAAGUACGUAAACGGCGUGAGGAUCGAGCUGCUGCGCUUCAUAUGCAUUUUCGUACCCAUCAACGCGUUCCUCCGGCGGCUCCAGGGGGACAGUGGCCUUCUUCCCUACAUCGGCCAGCUAGGGCUGACGGUACUAGAGGAGGAUGAAGCUUUUUGGGUCGAUUCUGAAGACAUGGAGUCGUGUUUCAAGUUGUUUUACAUGCCGAGCGAGUGGCUUGGCAUGUUUGCGUUCGAGAAGCAAGUGCCGUUGAGCGCUUUCGGCGGUGACCCCAAUGUCAUGACUUACGUGGGGAUGCGGGCGGUGCCGAUGGGCUGGGUCGGCGCCGUCGACGUCAUGCAAUACAUGGCGCGGAAACUAGUCUUCCACACCGCUGCGGUUUCACCGAUUUGCGAGUUGCGGAAGGACAAGGCAGUGCCCUCGGAGGACAUUGCCAUUGUGUGCAUGGACGGCUACGACCACCUUUCGAAAGUGAAGAUCCUAUUGGACGGUCUGGCAGAGGACCCUGCAGGAGAAGGCCGUUCGGAAGCCAUGGAUCGCUUCGUCGCGGUCUGCGCGGCACAGGGGGUCCCCCUCAAUGCUGGCAAGUCGCUCGUCCGUGGACUGAGGGCUGGCGUCCUUGGCGGGGAGAUCGACGGCCUGCGCGGGCGUUUCUUGCACAGCAGGGACAACUCGCUGAAGUUGUGCAUGACGGUCGCGAGCACGUCCGACGCCUCGGAGAGCGGCGGCGGCGCCGCUGAAGCUACCACCUUUGUCUGCCCCCUGGCGUCGGAGCAGGCGGAGCGCCGGGAGGCGUUGUCCGCGGCGCCAGCGGAGGAGCCAAUCCUCGACCAGCCUGCAGAAUCCCGCCCGUGCUCCUCAUGCGGCAGAUGCAUGCCCGCGCGCGGAGAGUGGGCAGCCUGCCCGCUGGAGGUCUACCCCAACGACUUGUGCAGGGUGUACGCUGGUGCUGUUCUGGAGGCGAUCGGGGAAAUCGGCUUGGUUGCGCUUCCGCCUCGGCCAAGCGAGCGGGCGUCGUGGGUCGCCCGCAGCCUGGCCGCCACCGCACGCCGGCUGCGAGCGGGGUUGGCACAUUCAGAAACCAUUUUGGCGUUAGAGCGGAUGUUGGCUAAGGUAGGGCAAGUCCAAGGAAUGGCUGCAGUAGCGGUGAUCCGGGGCUGGGAUCGAACAGCGGCCGCCUUGCUGAUCGGCUUUGCGUGUCUGCUCCGGUCAGGCGAGGUCGUCAGCAUCGUCAAGCGGCAAUUCACCGUUCUAGGUGGAGGUGCCGCUGGGCUGCUACCGCUCACAGGCAGCAAGGGGGCGAAACGGCUUGGGCAGGUGGAGCACGUCACGUUGUACGACCCGUUGAUCAUCCAGUUCCUCAUUCAAGUUUUGGCUGCACUCGGGGACUUCGACCCUCUCUUCCCGGGUGGCUUCGCAGCCCUCAAGCAGCAAAUCGUAGGUCUUGCUAAGUUCUUUGGGCUGCAGAGCCCCAACCUCACGCCUUAUUGCCUCAGGCGCGGAGGUGCUACCUGGCAUCUCACAACGUAA